CUCCACUUCCUGAUCGUGUCUUUCUAAAAUUCUAUCAGACUCGGGGAGUCGGUCUACACUCCUAAACCUAAAGGGACAAAUAUACACACUAUGCCCUCCCCCACUCCCAUCGCCGGAGCCUCCAGGAUGCUGCGCCACCGUCUUCUUGGCUCCCUGCGCACCAGGGGUGGCCCCGCCACGUCGGGGCAGGGCAGGUGGACCAGCCCGGGCCACGAGGACCGGCCCAAGGGGUACCUCUUCAACCGACCCCCUCCUCCCCCUGGGCAGUCCCGCAACUGGGAGGACUGGGAGCUCCCCUGCUACAUCACCAGCUUCCUCACCAUCGUGAUCCUCGGCGUCGGCCUCAACGCCAAGCCUGAUCUCACCAUCGAGACCUGGGCCCACCAGAAGGCCCUCGAGCGCCUCCAGAUGGAAGCCUCUGCUUCCAGUUCUGCAGAUUCCGAAUGAGUAUCGGAUCAUUUGGUGGUAUGGUCAAUUCGGAACCACCCUUUAUUUUUUCCUUUUUCUGAGUUUCAUGAAAUGAUGAUGACGACGAAGACGACGACGACGAUCUGAUUUUUUGUUUAAAUAUUGGGGUCGGGGAUGAUCCGUAGCUCUUUCUGUGGUUGUUCAUAUGAUGGUAUGUAGUUGAAUAAAUGUUUUUUUCGAAUUUUACCGUUUAAUUGGGCUAUUUCUGUAGCUCGGUUUACGAGUCUUUACUGCUUAUUUUGGAUAUUCUGACCAAAGUCACGUUACAGUUAAGUUAUAAGUCUCAAUUUUCUAUUUUGGAC